AAGAAAUUAUAGCUUUAUAUGUUUUCAAAUCUUGGAUGAGACUUUAAAGCCAGACAUCAUAUCCAAUGCCGUUCAACUAUAUAUAUUCAGCCGGUCGUUCAGUACACCAGUGCAGUAUUCCGGCUUUACGAGUCCAAGAGUAAGAAGAGCUCAUGAGUAGACCAUCAGCACCAACAGACCAAGCUUCAGAGAGCCUUACGGCCUGGUCAAAGUUUGACAGCAGAAGCUCAGAAGACCAGGAGCUGCAGACCAUCACCUCCCCCAGAAAUAUCCGGCUAUAUGAAUUCCUUAAUUCCUAUAUUGUUCUGGCCAAUGAAACAGGCUUAGGGAAAACCACAAUCUGCCUCCUUCCUAGGUACCUUAAAGAUAUCAAUCAGGGUUGGACGACCUCAUGAAGGGCCCAGAGUUGUUUCCCCACUCUGCUCUUUUCACCAUCCAUCUCUUUCUCUUUCUCCUCCCUGCGUACGAACUACAAGACCCAGAUGUCUACUUCAAACUCAAAAUGGCCAAUAUUCAUAGUAAAGCCAUCACUACAAUGAGGAAAAGCUCAAGAUUUUCCCAGCCUUCUUUCCGGUCCCGUUUCUCGGAGGAACUGGCAAGAAAGACACUUCGUCGUGAGUCUCUCAAGAGCUCGCUGCCCGAAAUUCUCAGUUCUUAUAAUGUGGGUGGACCUGCCGUUACUGUGGAUUCUUCCUUACAACUUAUGUUGCAGAAACUGACAGCAAUUGGACAUUUAACACCAUCAACGAUUCCUCUCAUCUUUUAUAUAACGAAGGGCCGACUUGUGCGGCAGCUGACGGCACGCAUUGUCGUAAUCGACGAUAUCAGCAACACAAAUAGACAGCGACUCAGUCCGUUGACAAGUGCCAUAUGGGACUACGGCAAUCCAGAAGUAUCUUGACGUUUCAAACGAAGUUUAGAAAAAAUUGUUCAGUCGACAAGUCUUGAUCACCCAUGUAGUGGCUGAUGCUAAGGCUGCGACCCUCGAAGGGCGGCGAGCGCCGCUGCUGAAGGACCUAGAUGAGGAAUUUUGGAUCUUGCAGAGACUUCAGCACUUCCAUGAAGCCCAUGCCCUCAACAAGCUGGAAGAUGCUCUUGAGUUUCUUCCCAGUGAAGUCGAGUCAUCAUAACGAUUGGGAAUGAAGGCUUCCAGCACAACCUUCAAAAACUUCGUACAGCUGGACGUUGGAGCUCAAAGGCAGAAAAAGGUUUAUGGCAUUAAUCUUUCAUCUUGAUGGAAG